AUGGGACUGCAAGAAGUGGACUGGAAGCAAGUUCCUGUCAUUGCUGUAGAAACCCAUGGAAGUAAUGCAUUUCAAGCAGCGGUGGUGGCGGGCAAAAUGGUCACCUUGCCGGAGGUCCGGACGAUUGCUCACAGUUUGGCGGUACGGUCUGUCUGCGCCAAGUCCCUGGAAUUAAGUUUGGUCCAUCCCGUCGUUCCCUUUGCUGUCAGUGAUGCCAUGGCCGCAGACGCUGUUCGUCUGUUUGCAGAUGAUAACAAAAUGCUGGUGGAGGCGGCAACGGGUGCAGCAUUAUCACUGUGUUAUACGCAAAUUAUUCGCGACAUAUUACCUUCUCUCUCCAUUGAGAGUGAUGUGGUCGUCCUGGUUACAGGGGGCUCGGAUAUCAGCUUAAGUCAUUUGGAUGAGUAUCGCAAAAAGUAUCUUCAGCCACCGGUGGUGGUGAAAAGUGGCAGCGAAGUAUUCCUGAAAAUGGAUGACUCGUUGACCAACGUCCAAGAAGUCAAUAUGGAUCACCCAUCCGGUAUCUCUGAACAAAUGCUCGAAGAAAUCGAACAACGUCGACAAGCCUCCUCCCAUCUUUCGGACGAACCAUCACAAACCGUACUGGAAGACAUUGACGAAACCCCUUCUGUACAAACCACCGACAUCCUCUUCUAA